GUUUCUGGAAUGAUUAUGGAAGAUCCACGACUUUGGGUUCAAGCCUUACCGACAACGUAAUGAAUCCUGCGAGCUUUAACAUUAGUUUAAAGAAUAGUACGAAAACUUCGAUGCUACUUCAUGAUGACUAUCUCUUUAUCGGAAUAUAAGAUGCCUUUUCUUUCCCUCUCAUUACAAUAUCUCUCACCAUCAUUCAACCUCAUCGACCAUCCAGAUUCACUUGACCUUCUUUCAUUCACUAGAAACUAAUUUAUUUACUUGACAGCUUCACUAUGCAGUUCUCUCUUCUCUUCCUCUCCCUCGUUGGAGCCGGAAAUGCCAUCCUCCUCCCCAAGCCAAGCGGUCCAUACGGCACUGCCCUUCGCAUCGAAGGCAUGACCGACAAAAGCCGCAUCGACCCCUAUGACCCCAAGAAAGGUCAUCGACAAGUCCUGGCCUCGAUCUUCUGGCCCGUCGACUCAGCUUCUUGCUCAAACAAGGUCGUUCCAUAUAUGCCGCCUGCUACAGCCAAGGCAUAUGGACAACAGGCAGAGCAGUUGGGUCUAUCGAAUGAUACCUUUGCAGCUCUUGAGUUCCAAGUCUGCAAAACUCCAGUUCCUCAGAAAGGAUGUGAAAGCGAGAAAAAGUCGUUCCCUGUUGCUGUCUUCUCGCCUGGCGCCGGCAAUUCCAGAUUGAUGUACAGCCUCAUGGCUCGGUCGCUGGCUAGUUAUGGAAAUGUCGUGGUUCUGAUUGAUCAUCCUUAUGAUCCUCCUGUUGUCGAGUUCCCGGAUGGAAAGAUUAUCCAGGGAGGGAACAUCCCUGAUGAUACUAAAUCUAAUCAGCAGCUUAGUUCGGUCAAGGCAAAAGAUAUCUCCUUCACCAUCUCAGAACUUCAACGUCCUACUUUCCAAAAGAGGGUCUUCAAGGGUCUUCCAGGCUCAAUCGACAACAAGAAGAUCGUUGCUCUCGGCCACUCCCUCGGCGGUGCCAGCUCAGCGGUAGCAAUCUUAUCAGACAACCGAAUCCGCGGCGGUAUGGACAUGGAUGGCCAGAUCUUCGAGCCAGCUCUCAGCAAAGGCCUGGACAAGCCAUUCUUUCUCAUCGGCCGUCCUAACCACAGCGCGGAGGACACUACCUGGAAGAAGUUCUACGCCAAGCUUCGAGGACCUAAGAAGGAGAUUGCUAUCAAGGGUACUGUUCAUGGGUCGUUCACUGAUUACCCUCAGCUCCUCAAGGCUCUCGAUUUGCCAGAGGCUGUUAUGAAGAUGGCGGCGCAACUUGUUGGAACAGUUGAUGCUUCAUAUCUUGAGAAGUUCCUUUCCAAGACUGUUGUGGACUAUAUGAAGAUUUGCUUUGCUUAUAAGGGCAAGAACUAG